AAGCACGUUUUAAGUCUAUAAGUUUUUAGACACAAGUUGUUGUUUUUUUCGGUUGAGAACACACCAAUUUAACGUCAAGAAUUUUUCGCUGACGUUUUUCAGCAGUCAUCCCCUUGCUGAUUGCUUUGUUCAUCAACUGGAUGUAAACAAAAAUCAAAAUACAACGCUUUUCUGAUCAAAAGUUUUUUUAUGUUCUCGUCUAAGGAAAGAUUGAGGAGGAGGACUGGGAAGAACAAAGUCGACAGAUUUGCCUAUUUGACCCUGCUCAAGGAAGAGUAUGAAAAGACUAAUUCCAAGGAGGCGAAGCACCAGGUGCUAGCGAAUCUAGCAAACUUUGCUUACGACCCUAUAAACUAUGAGUUUAUAAGGAAGCUCGGGAUAAUUGACUUGUUCCUCGGAGAGCUGAGUUCCAACGAUGAACAGCUAGCUGAGUACGCCAUCGCUGGUAUAUGUAAUCUAUGUCUCGAUUUAGAAAACAAGGAACAUAUCAUUUCAACACCGGCGGCCCUCCAUGUCAUCAAGGGUUGUCUUAAUUCGAAUAGAGAAGAGAUUGUCUUGUCAGCCCUGUCAACCUUGAUGUUUUUAAUAACACCGAAGUCAAAACAAGUUAUUACGAGUAAAGAGACUGUUGAGAUUGUCGUUGCACUUUCGAAGAACCCAAAUCCAAGAGUGCACAAUCUGGCUAAGUUGUUUUUGCAGGAUUAUUGCACAGAAGAGCAAGUGGCCGAGGGAGAGGCUAGCCUCGCAUCGAUUCUUUCGCUUCAUCAUGCACCUGAAUUUUCCGAAGAGAAGGUCGUCUCAAAGGUCGACGUCGAACGUUUUGCCAAGCUUUCUGGCGAUACGAACACGGUUCAUUCCGGGGAAAACGCCAUUGUGCACGGCGCGCUUCUCAACAGUUAUGUCUCAUCCAUAAUCGGCACAAAGCUCCCAGGACAUGGGACGGUUGUGGUCUCGCAGAAGUUUCGCUUUCCGAACCCUUGCCGAGUUGAUGAGAAGAUAAUAAUUUCAGUUGAAAUCAAAGGAGAACGGCGUAAAUUGAUGACAUGCUUUUUUAAAGUCAUGACAAAAUCUAACCAAAAAAUUGUGAUGGAAGGUGAAGCUCAACUUCUCAUGCCUGAAAAAAAAUCUUUAAAUUAGUUAAAAUAAAAGAAAAUGUAGUUGAAUAUAUGUAAUUUUAUGU